AGCCAAUGAUGUGGAUGAUGUGGAUGAUAUUGCUUUUCACCGGCCGUUCAGUGACGCGCAGGCAAUACUGGACCACUGGUCUGUCGGAAGGGCUUCUCGAAGCGUCCCAUGGUCCAGGACCUGAUUCCCGCGCACGAAAGGUUGCCAUCGUGCUACCCAGCAAUCUCAGCCGAGCCCAGCAGAGACUCUGACUGGUCCGAUGAGGGUUCGCGGGUGUAGACGGCGCCGCUUGAUGGAUGAUGCAGUGACCCGAUGUCAAGACCCUCUCCCCGAUCCACCGGGGUUGGCCUUUUGGCAGCUUUUGAGAUGGCGCCUGCGACGGUGGUCUGUCCAAACGGCCCGCGGUUUGCACACGGAAUGUUGGGGGAGAAAAAUAUGACGUUCUUGUUGAAGCGGCCACCUGCGGCCUGGGCGCCUGUUCUUCUUGUCAAAAGCCAACCAGCGGCACAACACGCUGCCAGCUGACGGCUUUCUCCAGAUGCCUGUGCCACAGAUCUACAACCAUAUUGAUAUUGAUACAUACAAUAUUGGACCUGCCUACCACCUACGAAGAUUACCAGACAGGAAAUGUACCUCGGCGCGAUGAAACACCCUCGCACACUGGCCAUGUUUCGUCGAGAAAUAUCACCCGCGAUCCACGUGCCUCUGCUUGAAUUGUUGAUGUUUGGGAAAGCCACCGAUGACGGGAUGUUCUGUUUCCUGCACAGGCCAUUUUGAAGUUCUGGGGCAGCAGACCGGGGUUGACAGCCUCACUUGUCUCAGAGCAGCAAAGUGGUGUGCCUCUGGGUCAGACGAGGCGCCGUCGGACGGAUUGGAUGAUGCCGGUGCUGGUUCUGGUGCUGGUGCUGAUGCCUUUUUCCUUCCUUGAGACCCAUCCUUCAGAUCCUUUCGGAUAUAAUGGUAGACACAUAGUUUAUGACGAUGAAUUUCAAUGACCCCAUCAUCCAACGGCAUUUGGGGCCAUUUGGUGGAGCGUGAUCGUCCCGCUGGGCACGACGGCGUCGAGACAUCGGUGGCUUUGGCCGCCUUCUGGUGUGAGCUCAUCGCUAAGCUGAUGAGCCGAUCCACCGUCGGGCGCCCUGCCAAGGUGCGCCCAUUCACAUCCAUUGAGCGCUGACAAGGUGAUACCGCACACCACACCGAUGCCAGACUGGGUGUUUGGGGUGUUUAUCCAUAUUACGGGCGUGCUACUUACCUAUCUCGCAUCAAAUGUACGGCAAGAGGAUAUCACUCUGCAGGUCUGGUGAAUCCCUUCCCACUCUGAUCAGAGGCGCAGGGGCCACUCUCGGCUUUGCUAGCCCUCCAAGCCCGCUGGAAUAUUCACAGAAGGCAUCAUCAUCAUCAACUGACGAUUGUGACAAACCGCGCUACGGAGCACUGAGGGGCGGUGCGGCUCGACCGGACCCAGUUGCUCAGUUCAAGAGAGACACAUCGACAACUGAUGAGCCACAGGAAGGGAGACCCUUGGUUUGGUGAGCUGCUGACUUUUCGCGCAAACAGUCACCACGUGCAAAGCACAAACUUCUCGACGGUUGCCGUCUUCCCCAGAAGCUAGGGAUUUCGCUCGAUUCGAUAGAUUGCCGGCCCCAGUCUGAGAGCGUCUGAGCCACAAAGAUUAGUCGGCUUGCCCAUCGAAUUCUCCGUCAUCAUUUCCUGAGAAAAGACUGCCCAGGGUGAGCGACAGACCGGCGGCAGAUGGCAUUUUUUUUGCCUUCCCCAGCCACUGUCGCCCAGUGAUGAGUGUCCGACAGAGAGAAACAGACAAACCAUGGAACCACACCCCAUUCCCAAGCCAAGACACACCUUCCUCUCGCUUCUCGAGGGGCGUGAGUGACACACACAUCGUCUGAGUGGACAGCGGGCGACGUGGAGUGGGCGUGUGUUGUGUGUGUCAGCCCAGCCCUUGUCCUCGUAAUGGCUCGUCGUCACAAAUCACUCUCGCUGUGCAUUAGCGGCAAAGCCUCUUGAGGAUUAGGCCCCUCCAUCUUGGCCACCACUAGCAUGCCGAGCACGCACUAGCACUACCAGCACCACACACCACUAGCGCCGCGCACCCAAGAUUAAGAAUAGGUUGGCGCAUUGUGCCAUGGGUCUGAAGACAGGAUGUGCUGGCCUGUGCCCAUCCAGGGCAUCGAAGGGGCCACACUCACACAAGAUACGUACCGGGGGCCACCCAUGUCUGUUCAAUCAGAGAAAAAUUCUUGGUCCACCGGGCCCAGUCUGACAUGGGCUUCGCCCGCCAAUCAAGCCGCGGGAUCACACGACGGCGAAACCACGCAAUUCAAAGAGAUGGCCAAGGGCAAGGGACCAGGAAGCAGGAGGAGGAAGGGGGCAGGGGAGCAGGGGGGCACAACUGGUACCGGCCUUUGACGGAGAACGGGGCGGCAGAGACCAGCGGGCGAGCCAGUCACUGCUAUCUGUAUCGACAAAUAUCAUCGACAGUCCAUCCAGCCCGCAUCACCGAUGCUUCACUCCCCUCUUCCACCGCCCUUCUUCUCGACACUCUUUAAUCUCGACGAACUCCCCUUCUUCCACCCCUUUGCCGACCACUUGCUGCUCCGACUCCUCCUUUUUCUUCACCUUUCUGCCGACCUUACACACCUUUAAUCACGACGGCUUGACUCGUUCACUCGGUUCAAGUUUGACCUGCCUGCACCUUUGUUAUCAGCCCAGCCCGGACACGGCCACCAGACCUGCACCUGCUCACCUGAGGAGAGUCACCGAGGUCAGCCCGUGGGAGAACAAAAGGAAGCCCUUAUUUUUAAAUCUUCUGCUCUUGAGGACACAACCCAUCCCUAAGCCGAGGCUUUUUUUCGGGGAAUAGCUUGUUGACUACAUAUUUCUACACUUGUUUCCUUUCCGCACUCUCUUAACACCUGGAAGGCCGGAUUGCCCAAGGUCCAAGCAAAGGCCCACUCACAACGCAAACCAACCCAGUCGCCUCACUUCCCUAGAUCAUGCAGCAUGUUCCAAUGUUCGGAUAUCCCACUCCGCCAGCAUCACCAGCAUUCGGUCAGAGGUGUGCCAUUCCAAACCAGUAUCUUGCCGCCCACCACCAGCAACCGCGAUAUGUGCCCGUUGCCCCCGAGGAGAGGUUAGGAAAGUUCAUCACGCCCUCGCUCCAGCUGACGGGCAUCGCGGGGACCGGCGCGUAUGGCGUCGUCUACUCUGCUGUCGACAUCCACACCAAUGUUCGUUAUGCCGUCAAGUGCCUGAGCAAGUUCAAUGCCGACGGGACCCCGCUGGAUCGUCGUCAAGUCGCCUUUCAGACUAGGGAGAUCAAGCUUCACUACACCGCCUCAGCCCAUCCCAACGUAGUGUCCAUGCUCAAGAUCAUCGACUUUCCUGACUGCACCUACGUUAUCCUCGAGUACUGCCCCGAAGGUGACCUGUUUUACAACAUCACCGAGUGCGGCCGCUAUGUUGGUAAGGAUGAACUGGCCAAGAGGGUUUUCCUCCAGAUCUUGGACGCCGUGGAGCACUGCCACAACCUGGGGAUUUACCACCGAGACCUGAAGCCGGAAAACAUUCUGGUAUCUGACCAAGGAGAGACUGUCAAGCUGGCAGAUUUUGGCCUGGCCAUUGCCUCGGAGCGGUCCGAUGAUUACGGCUGCGGUUCAACCUUUUACAUGUCACCAGAAUGCCUGGACCACUCGUCAAGGAGACCUUUUUAUUAUUGUGCCCCCAAUGACGUCUGGAGCCUUGGCGUCGUCCUGGUGAACCUCACCUGCGGGCGCAACCCGUGGAAGCAGGCAUCCUAUGAAGACUCUACUUACCGUGCCUACGCGAGAAGCCAGGAUUUUCUCAAGACUAUCCUUCCCGUAUCGGACGAGUUGAACGACAUCCUUGGAAGGAUUUUUACCCGGAACCCGGAUCAGAGAAUCACCCUCUCCGAACUGCGGGCGAGGAUACUCGCCUGCUCCCGGUUCACCGAACAACCGACAGCACAGGUUCUGUCGACGCCGCCGGCCUCGCCGGGGCACACCACCGUUUACGUUGCCGAUGGAUCGGCUAUUGAAGACGACGACGACGAAUUCGACUACGAUGAGCCGCUCUCCCCUGCUUCGUCAGACGGAGAGUCGACAUGCUCGUCCGACGAAGGAUCACUUACCUCGUCAUGCUCAAGCAUCGGAGACCUCGAGGAGGACGAAGACGACUUGUUUGAGGACAUCCCAGAGGCCAAGACCCCGCCCAUCUACGAGGCACCAGAGGAACCCAGAGUUGUGGCCUACCACCCCCAACAGGAGUAUAUGCAUCCAGUGCAUCCAGUGCAGCCCUUGCAUGCCCCUGUCCAGCCGGUAUGCGCGCCACCAAAGUUCCAACAGUUGCACCAGUAUGUCUGGGACAUGUUGAAGUUUGCUCAACCACCGCAGCUUCACCACCCGGUUCCAUUCCAUCAUCAGGUUCCCUUGUUUGCCAUGCAAGGUUGCUACUAAGCCGGACUCUUUGGACUCCCCCCCCUCAGCCAGGAUUGGACUUUCUUGCCUCGGAUCCUCUGUUUAUUCGCUUUCGUCUUUUGACCCUCGCGGCUCGAUACCUCGAGCGAAGAUCAUGCACACAAAGCUUGAUCACCUACAACGUUUAUCUCAUUUUUCUUGCGUCUCUCUUCUCAUUCAUUCUCGAAUAUAAUAUACCCGGUGGCCUUUUCGUUUUCUUCUUGCCACAGCAAGGAGCGCCCAAAGCCGACUUCAGACCCGGAACACCAAAAAGGAACCAAAUUUCUUCAAUGUCUAUAUUUUCUAUCAAAACCAAAAUGUAUUUUCUACAAGUGGGGCAGGAUCGGGACGGUAUUUUGUCUUUUUUGGAUACAAAGCGUGGAGUUGGGUUUCACAUCAAACCCUGGGGGAUAGGGGAAAGAGAGCGGUCGGCGGUGUUUCUCCUGCUUCUUUUUGUUUUGGGGAAUAACUAUCGGUAUAGGGAUUGCAUCAAUAUCGGCGCACUCGGAUCAAUGGGGAAUGGGGUUACACUUUUGGAGUUUUUCACUGCCACGUGUUCCAAGAAGGACAUGGAGGAGCAGCGGAUUUUUUUUUUUGGGGGAAGGGCUUUGUUGACGUGGUCUUUUUUUCUAUCUAAUACCCCGGUGGACAUUUGGAUCAAUUUCUCUUUGCUCUGGCUCUGCCAUGUGUUGGCAGUCAGGAUCAAACAUCGACGUUGGAAAUAUGUUUACGUUUUUUUUGAGCAUCGUUAUUGGCAAUAGAAAGGGGUGGGAGAGAGAGAGAGAGGCAUGCGGUUUUUUUUGUUUCUUGCCCGAGGCAUGAUGAUACCAGUUUUUACGCUUUGUUUCGCUGUGGUUGCCAUUACUAUUACGUUACGUUUACGUUUCUUGUGGAAAGGGGGGUUAAAAUGAAGAGAUGGAACCAUGGCGACGAGGGGAGGGAACAAAUUAUUGCUAGACACGGCUUUUGGGUCAAGAGCCCAGACACGCCGGCGUGGGGUGUUGUUUCUCGCGCGGCAAACACU